GAGCUGCUAUCACCGCGGAGCGGAGGUUGGUGCCCGCGGUCAGGCGCCCCUCUGCCGCGACCGUGCGGCGCCUCGUCCCGCUGGCCGAUGAGCGCCGCCACUCUCUACAGCCUGGACUCCCCGGCAUGCUAUAAGAGCUGGUGCCUGGAGCCCGCCAACUUCUACGACGCCAAGGUGGGCAGCGGCGGCGGGCCCGGUCCCGCCUGCAAGCUGGGGGGCCGCGGCGGCUGCGGGAUGAGCGGCGAGGAGGCAGGGGGCGGCCUGGGGGGCAGCGGCACCAACCUGGCGGAGCUGAGCGCCGCCGCCCCGGCCAUGUAUGAGGACGAGAGCGCCAUCGACUUCAGCUCCUACAUUGACUCCAUGUCGGCCGUGCCCAACCUGGAGCUCUGCAACGACGAGCUCUUCGCCGACCUCUUCAACAGCAACCACAAGCCCGAGCGGGGCGGGGACUACGGCGAGUACUUGCCGCCGGGCGGCGGCGCCGGCCGCGACCCCGCCAAGGACCUCGGCGCUGCCAUGACCACCCUGCUGGGCGCCGAGCCCCGCACCGCCUCCUCGUCCUCCUCCUCUUCCUCCUCCUCCUCCUCUUCCUCCUCCCGCGGCGCGCUGAAGCAGGAGCCGGACUGGAGCGACAGCGACCUGUCCUCCUCGCUGCUGCCGUCGCAGAUCGCCACCUGCGCGCAGACCAUCAUGAACCUGAGCGGGCAGCCCACGCCGCCCACCUCGCCCGAGCCGCCGGGCAGCAGCUCCCCGUCCAGCUGCAGCACCCGCUCGCCGGGCCCCGCAGCGCCGCUGCCCGGCCCGGGGCAGGGCGUCCCUGCCCCGCCGGUCCCCGGCGGGAAGGAGCGGGGCGGCAAGAAGUGCGUGGACAGGUUUAGCCCCGAGUACCGGCAGCGCCGGGAGCGCAACAACAUCGCCGUGCGCAAGAGCCGCGACAAGGCGAAGCGGCGCAACCAGGAGAUGCAGCAGAAGCUGCUGGAGCUCUCGGCCGAGAACGAGAAGCUGCACAAGAAGAUCGAGCAGCUCACCCGGGACUUGACCAGCCUCCGGCACUUCUUCAAGCAGCUGCCCAGCGCCUCGUUCCUGCAGCCCGGCUCGGGCACCGACUGCCGGUAACCGGGGCGGGGAGCGGGACGGAGAGACGGACUCCGGGUGACUGUGGAUGAUAAAUAAAUACCUCAGCGGCCGCGCCGGGCCGAGCAGAGCCUAUGCGGAGCCGGGCCGCGGCGUUCCGGGCCGGGCCGGGCCGGGCGCGGGGCAGGAGACGCGAAGCCGCGGUGAGAGCCGCCGGCCGCUUGCGGAGCGUCGGAGCGACGCGGGGCCGGGCCCGGGUCUUGCACCACGAAACUUGCAAAAAAAAAAAAGAAAAAAGCUAAAUAUAUAUAUAUAUAUAUUUUCUUCUCUCCCCUUAAAUUAUUUUUGUAAUGGUAGUUUUCAUCUUUUCUACAUUUUACUCAUACCGAUGCAGCUAUGGUACAUCUGUUAAAAUGAUUCAACCCCACAUGUAUCUUAGGGAGUAGGAUGAAAACCCAGAGAGACUGAGCAUGCUCGACCUUUUAUAUCAAUUUUUACAGCAUUUCUAGGAAUAAAAGAACAAAAAGCAUUUUAAAACAA